AUGUCAGUUCAUAUAAAUUCUAAGCAAACCAAAGGUUCUCAUCUGAGCCAUGGAGUUCUGAAUGUUUUGGAAGGCCAGAGUGUGCUUCUAGAAACAAGACAAAUAAACAAAGAAGCACAGGAAGUGAUAUGGAAGUUCCAGGGUCAUAAUUUGUCAUUGGUUAUUGCCCUUCUGACUAUUAAUAAAAGUGAUCGAAGUUAUGGAAAUAUCUUUUUUUACUACCGGAAUCGUUCUGUGAUUUACCAAAAUGGGUCUCUCUUUCUUCAUGGAGUCAGUCCUAAUGAUACUGGAUAUUACAUCUGUACGGUGACAAACAUAAACGGGGAUCAGAAUUCAGUGAGUACCCUCCUGCUUGUUGGAGAUUUUUCCAGAAGUGUUACUGAAUCGGCUGCUGUCUACUUGGUUUCUUCAGUUAAAUCAUCUUCCAACACUACUCAAACAGAGAAUGCUUUCAAGAUACUGAACUCAGCUGGAAUCAUUGGACUGGCAGUAGGUGUUGUACUGGUCCUCACUGCUGUAACUGGACUUGGGAUUUUAUGCUACAAGAUGAAAACAAAGAAUAAAAACGAAAUGAGUCAACAGAUAUACAGUAAUGACAUCUGUGUCACGAAACGAGUUGGUAAAAAAUCGCCAGACUGUUUCAAGCAUACCACAGGCACUAAGAUAAAGAAUCCUUUAAGAAACAACUACAGACUUAAUUAUGCAUAAAACAAUAAACAGAUACUGGAGAAAAAAAACAGCCAACAAAUUCCAGCAUGUGUUGAAACUUGGAUGGAACCAAACAUUCAUUCUAUACAUAAAGUUAGUUCUAACUGUAAUUAAAAGAGAAACAGCAGCAAUACUGUGACAUUAUAAAUUUAAAAAUAUGUGUACACAUUCAUAAAGUGAAGAGUACAUAAUUUUGUCAGACAAAUAUCUACUUAGGCCUCUCAAAAUGUUACAUUAUGUCAGGUUAGCAGUUGUAUAGUUUGUGUGAUGCACUUAAAAUGGAGUCAAAAACUUUGUGGUCCAUCAGAAUAUAUUCCAUUUACGGAAGGACAGCAGUUCUCAACAUGAUAUACAGAAAGAAAAACCUAACCAUUUUCCUGGGCAGAGUACUGGACAGAAUGAACAAAACCAAAAUAAUACUAUUCUGAGCUAUUGUAAGGAACUCACAUGAAGAUAUUAUCUGUUAUCAAAAGCAUCUAUUUGUAACACACAGUAACAGCUAAUUUAGAAACAAAGUACUCAUUUUGUACUGGCCACAAAUCAUACAGUGUGGUUACUGAAAAGACAUUCUGUUCUCAUUGACUCUAUUGGCAUAAUGGCAACAGCCCUGAUUAUGAUGCAUGCAAGUGUUCAAAUAAUUGACUCAGCACCUACCCGUCCAGCAAAGAAGAUUACAACUGACCUGCCUAUGAGUGGUUCUCCUAUCUAAGGAAGACAUAGUGGGGUUUCUUCUGCAGGAACACCCUCUAAUGUAUGAAGGCAGACCGCCAGUACACUAAAUGUGUUGCCUGAGCCUGCAUGAAGAUAGCACUGUGCAAGUUGCCAUUGAAGGUAUAUAUAAAAAAUAGCUACAAAUGGUGAUCACCUGAUGCUCAGUUAUUACCUCCCACAACUUAAACAAUAAAUAUAGUUCUAGAAGGAUGACAUCACAAGUAAGAAAAAAUAGCCACCCCCUGGCGGUGUGCAGGGAGCUGUGCCAAAUUAGAGCUGGAUGAAUGAAUGGAUCACUGCAGGACCAGUAUGCAUAGAUAAAUAAGCUGCAGAGGGAAAAUAGCAUCAUGAAACCAAAUUAUUAAAAUGUGUUUCCUGAUAUGGUGACCACGACUCAUAAAAGGGGCAGUGGUAUAUGCCAGAUGGCAUUCUUGAACUGAAAGGCAAUAAAAUGUGUUUAUUAAA